AUGGCGCCCACAUACAACAUUGCCAUGGUUAGCGACUUCUUUUUCCCGCAGCCAGGAGGAGUCGAGAGUCACAUCUACCAGUUGUCGACCAAGCUCAGGGACAGGGGCCACAAGGUCAUCAUCAUCACGCACGCUUACAAGGGCCGCACCGGCGUCCGCUAUCUCACCAACGGCCUCAAGGUCUACCAUGUACCUUUCUUCGUGCUGUAUCGAUCCGCCAGCUUCCCCACCGUUUUCUCAUUCUUUCCCAUUUUCCGCAAUAUCAUCCUGCGAGAGCGCAUCGAUAUCGUCCACGGCCAUGCCAGCUUGAGCAGCUUGUGCCACGAGGCCAUCCUUCACGCCAGGACCAUGGGACUACGGACUGUUUACACAGACCACUCCCUGUUUGGCUUUGCCGAUGCCGCGAGCAUCUUUGCCAACAAGAUCCUCAAGUUCAGCCUCAGCGAUGUGGACCAUGUCAUCUGCGUAAGCCACACAUGCAAAGAAAACACCGUUUUGCGCGCCUCUCUCGACCCACUCAUGGUCUCCGUCAUCCCCAACGCCGUCGUAGCAGAAAACUUCAAGCCCCUCGACUACUCGGAGCCCCUGCCCGCCUCGUUCCGGCCACACCACCCACCGCCCGCCCGCCCCCUUGGGCCCCACGGCAUGAUCACCAUCGUCGUCAUCUCGCGCCUGUUCUACAACAAAGGCACCGACCUGCUCACGGCCGCGAUCCCGCGCAUCCUCGAGAACCACCCUAACACGCGCUUCAUCAUCGCCGGCGACGGACCAAAGGCCAUCGACCUGGAGCAAAUGAUUGAGCAGAAUGUGCUGCAGGACCGCGUCGAGAUGCUGGGGCCGAUCCGCCACGAAGAGGUCCGCGACGUCAUGGUGCGCGGCCACAUCUACCUGCACCCGUCCCUGACGGAAGCGUUUGGGACCGUCAUCGUCGAGGCUGCCAGCUGCGGCUUGUAUGUGGUGUGCACCCAGGUCGGGGGGAUACCAGAGGUGCUGCCGUCGCACAUGACGGUUUUUGCCAAGCCCGAGGAGGAUGAUCUCGUCGCGGCCACGGGCAGGGCCAUCGCGGCGCUGCGCGCGAAUAAGGUGCGGACCGAGCUCUUUCAUGAGCAGGUCAAGAGCAUGUACUCGUGGACCAACGUGGCCAUGAGGACGGAGAGGGUGUACAAUGGGAUAUGUGGCGCCAUUAGCGAGGCCGAAUUCUAUGGGUAUGAUGCUGCUAAUGGCGCCGGGAGCUGGAGUGCCACGAGGGGAAGGUCCGGGGUGCAGAGCUUUGCGCUGAUUGAUCGGCUCAAGAGGUACUAUGGCUGUGGCAUCUGGGCGGGCAAGCUGUUCUGCCUGUGCGUGAUUGUCGAUUAUCUCAUAUUUCUGUUCCUGGAGCUUUGGUUUCCUAGGGAUAGGAUCGACACUUGUCCGGACUGGCCGAGGAAGGAGAGGAAGAUGGAUGGGAAGGAGGCUGGGUGA